AUCACCUAUAUUUAAUCACCUAACCUAAACCCCUUAUUCUCAGCAACCCCCUCGCUCUGUCUCUCUCUCUCUGUGCUCAUCACUGUCCCUCUGAGUGCGUAGCCAUGUCUCUACUUAGCGAUCUAAUCAACCUCAAUCUUUCUGAGACCACCGAGAAGAUCAUAGCUGAAUACAUCUGGAUCGGGGGUUCUGGUUUGGACUUGAGAAGCAAAGCAAGGACUCUGCCAGGACCAGCGACUGAUCCUUCCAAACUUCCCAAAUGGAACUACGAUGGCUCAAGCACAGACCAAGCCCCUGGAGAUGACAGUGAAGUCAUUCUAUACCCUCAAGCAAUCUUUAAGGAUCCCUUCAGAAGAGGAAACAAUAUCCUGGUGAUGUGCGAUGCUUACACCCCAGCCGGCGAGCCUAUUCCUACCAACAAGAGGCACAAUGCAGCCAAGAUCUUUAGACACCCCGACGUUGUUGCCGAGGAGCCUUGGUAUGGGAUUGAGCAAGAGUACACCCUUCUCCAAAAGGAUGUUAAAUGGCCUAUUGGAUGGCCAGUUGGUGGCUUCCCCGGCCCCCAGGGUCCCUACUACUGUGGAGCUGGGGCUGACAAGGCCUUUGGCAGGGAUAUCGUGAAUUCCCACUACAAGGCAUGCUUGUAUGCUGGUAUCAAUAUUAGUGGCAUCAACGGUGAAGUUAUGCCUGGCCAGUGGGAAUUUCAAGUUGGCCCUGCUGUUGGUAUUUCUGCUGGUGAUGAAUUGUGGGUUGCUCGAUACAUUCUUGAGCGAAUAACCGAAAUUGCAGGGGUCGUCCUUUCUUUUGACCCAAAACCAAUUCAGGGUGAUUGGAAUGGAGCUGGUGCACACACAAACUACAGCACCAAGUCAAUGAGAAAUGAUGGUGGAAUACAUGUGAUCAAGAAGGCUAUUGAGAAGUUGGGUCUGCGUCACAAGGAGCACAUAGCUGCUUAUGGAGAGGGUAAUGAGAGGCGAUUGACAGGUCGCCAUGAGACUGCUGAUAUCAACACUUUCUCUUGGGGGGUUGCAAACAGGGGUGCAUCUAUCCGUGUUGGCCGUGACACUGAGAAAAAUGGAAAAGGUUAUUUUGAAGAUAGGAGGCCAGCAUCUAACAUGGAUCCAUAUGUUGUCACUUCAAAGAUAGCUGAAACCACCAUUGUCUGGAAGCCUUAGAGAGAAAAGAAACUGGUGCUCACUGCUCAGAAUAUGAUUGAAAGAAAUGGAUUCAAAUUGUGAAGGUCCAAAUUAAUAAGAUUUUAAUGUCGGUUUGAUGUGGUUGCUUUAGUUGGCCUGCUUUGCAUUGAUCAUUUGCUUUGCUUUGCUUUGAUUUCAGUUUGUGGAGGUUUCUAGUUUCUUGACUAUUGAUUCGUUUAAAAGCAUUGCAAUUUAGCUGUGUCUCA